UUUAGUUAUGGAAGUAGCAGUAAAAAGACUCAGAAAUAUCUUCUGUCAUUUUGAUGUCAACAAGACUAUUCUAAUGCUGGAUAGCUCUAAAUUCGAUAACUCAAUCGGCCAUUUACUGGUUUAUCUAAUAUCAGCAGAGGCAUGGGGAGUUUAUAAAGAAGAAGACAAUUCAUGGAGGCUAGCCACCAAGACAUUGUCUGUGGACAGCCCAAACCUGGACAACUGUGAGAUGCUAGAUUCAGCAGAGGAGAAACCCCAGUUAAUAACUCAUAAAGCCUUCCUUCUUAAAAAGUACCCAUACGUGUGGUCUACAGAUAUUGCUGAUUUCGAGAAGAGACAAGAAAAGCAUCUUAAAAAUAAGAAGGACAGGGAAGUUGAGCUGUUUAACUUCUUUAAGGACGAAAAUAGUCAUGGAUGGCAGCUUAGAGACUACUACCAAAGUUUGAUUGAAAAGAUGGAGGUUACUCAAAAGCUGGACGAGGGACAUCUCUUGUAUCCCUAUUUGAACAAAUAUUACUCAAUUAUUCCGUCAUUUUUCAAAUUUUACUCUUACCUGUUAGAAGAGAACAGUAAAGAAGAUGCUAAAUUCAAAGGGAAACUUAUUUUUAGAACCUUUGGUAGUGACCAUAAGAUGAUCUACGAUGAACUGCUAGCAUUUUUGACUGGAAAUCACCCAUUUUUCACAAAUGAGUUUCCUAUUGAACACCCAACAGAUGGCACCUACUCAAAUUGUGGGAAUAUCUUGAGAUCUACCGAGGAACAGCUCGAUAUAGUGCUGAUUUCAGGCAUGUUCCCAAACAAGAAGCUUCUACAGGACUAUAGGAAGGAUUUAUUUAACAAAGAGACCACUGACGAAAUUCUGAAAGAAAGGCUUAUCAAGACAUUUGAAGAGAACAAGUUUAGUGAUUACAGCACUGAACAUUUGACUAUUCACAGAGGGAUUGAAGCUAUCUCCAAAUAUUUCAGCACAAACCAGGAUACCUUCAUGUGUGUCCAGGACGAUUAUGAAAGUUGGCAUUUUCAUGAUGAAAAGACCUUUUUCGGGAAACCAUUGAUCGUGGAUGACGAAAACCUUAAUUUGUUCUUUGAUGAUCACUGCUAUUACGAAGAUGAGUGCAUUGUGAAUGUCCUUAACGCUGAAAAUUGUGAAAUGGUCCCGUACAAAGACCAUAUCAACAAGUACACAGUGAGAGUUGAACCCCUUAAGGCGAUUGAAGACGAGGAUUACUUCCUAAACACAUUCAAAGAACUGCUCAAAUUUCAUAAAGUUUUGGAAUAAUC